CUCCUCCCCUCCCCCUCGAUCCCCCUCCCCGCCCUCGCUGAGCAGCGGCUCCCGUUAUUCCAGUCUGGCUCGUCCGCACGCGCAGUCGAGCCGACCCCGGGAGACGGCAGCCGUCCACCGCGCCAUAUGGUCACAAAGUCCAGCAAAGGGCGACUCGCGGCGAACCAACACGACAAGCGACAUGAGAGCGGCCUCGCGGCUCCAGGAAAGCGCAUCCACAAGCAGAAGAGCAACCCGCAACUCAACGGACACGCCAAUGGGAAACCCCAUCCGCCCACGCCGCCGCUCUCCCAGGAGCAUGUAAACCAGCAUAUGACGCAGCCGGCUACGCUCCAGGACUCAGUUCAUGGCCUCCCCGCAGCCUCAAGCAUGGCCGGCAUCGCGCCUGCGAGGUCUCAACUCGAUGACAGGGCCCGCGCCGCUUCUGACGUCUCCCUCGAUGGCCUCGAGGCCUGCCGCCAGUACGACAAUGGUCGCCCCCUCGAUCACGCAGUCCCUACCACCCCCCGUCGGGUCGACGCCAAUGCCUCCAAGUCGGCCUCCUAUGCGAGCAACAUGCUAACCGUAGCCACUACCAUUCUCUCGUCUUGUCCUCUGCGAGACGUCCUCGCCAUUCUCAUACUCCUCCUCCAACUACCCCCUACCGUCCUCACCAUCGUCCAAUUCCUGUUUGCAACACUCACCUUCGUCCCACCCCAGGCCGGAACUCCCCUCUCAGCCCUCUCCGCCUUCCCCUCAUUCACCGACAUAUUCCAGGGUUCCGGCGGCACCCCCUCGCUCUUCACCAUCAUCUUCGCCGACGCCUUCAUACUCGUGGUUUGGCUCGUGCUCUGGGUCCCUGUGCAGAACUUCUUCUUGGAUCUUGCCCAGGCCGUUAUUGCCAUAGCGUUAGGGGGUGCCGCAGCCGGCAAAAAUGGGACCACGAACAGCAUCUUCAUCUGUUUCGUCAUCAUUCUUUCCAACCACCUCUUCCGAUUCAGGCCUCUCCGGCAACACAUUGUCCAUUUCCUAUGGACUGGGCUCGCCCGGGGAGGCCUUGAUUUUUUGACGAGCCCACCUUCCACUCCUUCCUACAACGAAAGUUUCUCGACGCCCCACGGUUGGCCACGAAGCGUGUUGGGUAUUCACAUUUUGGCUCAAGGUGUUGUUCGCAUCAUUCGGCGUUCUCUUUCUAGGCGGGAGGUAGCGCAAUCGCUCCCAACGGGCAAAAAGACUGACCCUGAAGCCGCCGUCCACCUUCUUCGCACUAACUCGGCCAGUAUCGAUACGAAUGCGGACAUGCCAAGUUCUUCGAGUACCGACGGCCGCCCCCCUGGGCCGUCACCCGCAGCGCAUUCUUCCAAGGACAAGGCGAGUAGUAGCAGGAGGAAGAGGAAGCAGGCAACGCUUGUCAGGAGCCAUCAACCGUUUUGGGCUGCCCUGGCGAGCACAAAAGUUACAGUUUUAAAAGAGAUGGAGAGUAGCCGAGCAGCCAACGACGCUGGGGAGGCUAAUGCAAAAGAUGCAAAUCACAUUGGAAAUGCUGUUUGGAGAUCGGAAGACGACCGAGUUUGGAUUUCAGAAGUUGGCCACACGGACAUUUCUUUCCGCGUCAGUUUGUACAACGGGGAGGAUUUUGAUGGUUCGCGGGUCGAGCAAAAUGGGCACGCUGGGUCUGGCAUCGACAAGUCGAAGCCUUUUUACAUUCGUGUGAACGGUGCAGAUUGGAGCUCUACCCGGAUUCGGCAGGGAACUUCGCUUGAGUAUUUGGGAGAAGAGGGAACAGGCAUGUGGGUUGGAGAAAUUUUUGGUCUGACGGCUCUUUCCAACUACUAUUGCGAGUUUGUUAGAACCUCGGACGGUGAAGUCUUCUAUUCUACAAGCCUUAUUACCUCAACGGGUCCCAUUGACGAGCAAGCCUCUGUUGCUUCUCCUCCUGCCCAUCAAACUUUACGCCCUUCUUCACCUACGACUACUCUGCGCAACUCGAUCGCCGCCGCCGAUCUGAAACUCCAGGACCUCCGCGGUCGCCUGAAGCGGAAUCGCAAGGAUCACAAAGCCGCCAUCACCGCCAUCAAGAAAGAGGUGGAUACUCUCAGUAACCGCGUUGCAAAUGCUGGAGGUAACGAUGAACGCCAACGCCAAAGGGUUCUUCAAUUUAACCAAAACAUCCGCCAGGCCGAGGACGCUGCUGCCGAUUUCGCCAUCAAAGCUGAAGAGCUAGGAGAGAUUCCGGAGGAUGAGGCAGAUGAUGCGGCUUCUAAGAAGCGGGAAUGGCAAAAGGAAAGAGAGCACAAGAAAACUGUCUUUGCCGAAUUUGAGAACGCUAAAAUGGAGGCAGACCGUCAAGUCUCCAGCAUUGAGUCUGAUAUUGCCGCCGUCAUGCAGAAGAGGGAGCGUCUUCAGCAAAGGCAAACAAGACUCAAUGAGCAACACGAACGUCUCAUCACUGCCAACAAGGAGGGAUUCUCUGCCAAGCAGCGCAAGCAACAGGAACGUCUUGCACUGAUUCAAGAGAGGACGAACAUUGAGAACCAGUACCGCUCUAACAUCAACAGCUAUGAGCGCCGUACUGCCGAAUAUCACCUCUCUACCCAGCAAAUCGUGCAGACGAUCCAGCACUACGAGGCCCUUCUCCUACAGCAAUCCCAACAACAACCCUCGGUUCCUACAACUCCUGAAGGGCCCCUUCCAGGGACUACCACUAGCAUGUCUCCUCACGCGAACGCUUUCACCAGCUUCACAUUCCCCUCACUCUCUGCCCAGGUCAACGGUACUCCCGGCUCGCUCCGUGGCGGACGUGGCCGUUCUUCCUCCAUGUUGUCGAAUAUCUCGGGCUUCACCGACAGCUUCGACGAACUUGCUUCUCCUUCUGGACCUGUUCUCAGUAACCCGUUCCACGCGGCUCUGUUACUGAAUGGAAGGAAGGGAAGUAACGGCAGUGGAACCGGUAGUUCGGGAAGCUCCAGCCAGGGCUCGUCACAAAGAGAUCCAAUGUCUCCUGUGCCGGCUGUCAAACCGGUUAUUAGUAGGAGUCCGACGGGUGGCAGUUUGGGAUUGGCGAGCGUAGUAGGUGGUUGCUAGGUGGUGGGUUUUGGACUUUGCAGUUCGAGUUCAAGUGGCUAGGUCGAUCCCAUAGCUUUCCAAUGUGAUUUUUGUUUUUCUUUUGGUGGUA